CUUUGACUCAGUCAUUGUUUCGAUCUCUGUUUUUCCCUCCCAAUCGAUUGUUAUUCCGUACCAAUCAAUUGCGUAUAGUUAGCAACAUGGCUGUCUCCCGAUCAAACGCCGCUCGUCGGUUGAUAUCGCUAUCUUCCCAGCAAAGUCGACGAUACUCAGCACCCACCGACGGCGCAAUCCCGCCCAACAAGGCCAAAUACGUACCUACCGAGGGAACCUAUCCCAAAGGCUUCGUGGUCGGUAGCGCACAUGCCCAAGUCAAGGUCUCAAACACAAAAUUCGACGAUCUCGCUCUCAUUGCCUCGGAGAAGCCAUGCUCGGCCGCCCUCGUCGCCACGCAGAACCACUUCCAGGCUGCUCCUGUCAGUGUGAGCAAGAAGAUCAUGUUUCAACAUCAGAGCAAGAGCAUUAGAGGCGUUGUCAUCAACUCUGGCUGCGCAAACGCUGUCACAGGAAAAGGUGGACGUGAGGAUGCCGUGCGCAUGGCCAAGCUCACCCACGACCUUUUGAACAAACAUGUCUCCGGCAUCCGUACUCUCGUCAUGAGCACUGGUGUCAUCGGCCAGCGCCUUCCCAUUGACCGUAUCGAAGCAAAGAUCCCCAGCCUCGUUGACUCUCUGGGCAGCACCCACGAUCACUGGCUCCGUUCAGCCCGCGCCAUCUGCACCACCGAUACCUUCCCCAAGCUUCUUUCCCGCCAAUUCACCCUCCCUUCAUACCCUGGCAUCACCUUCUCUAUCGCCGGCAUGACCAAAGGAGCGGGUAUGAUCCAUCCCAACAUGGCCACUCUGCUCGGUGUCAUCUGCACAGACGCGCCCAUCCAGAAGACUGCCUUGAGAACUCUCCUAUUCACUGCCACAAACUCCUCUUUCAAUCGCAUUACUGUCGAUGGUGACACCAGCACUAACGACUGUGUCGCUUUGUUCUCUAACGGCAUGGCUGCCCCGGAUGCCGAGCCCGUUCGCCUUAACCACCUCAGCUCUCACGAACUUCCUACCAAGGGUGCAUCUCUCGUUGGUGCGAAGUUCGAGAGGCAAUCAGACGACUACAAGGAGAUGAACAAGGUCUUGACAUCUUUCAUGGAAGACCUUGCCAAGCUCAUCGUUCGUGACGGCGAAGGAGCCACCAAGUUCGUUACCGUCAAGGUGACCAAGGCUGCUACCCACACCGCUGCCCACGUCGUUGCAAACUCUAUCGCUACAUCUGCUCUCGUAAAGACAGCCCUGUACGGCAAGGAUGCAAACUGGGGUCGCAUCCUCUGUGCCAUCGGCUACGCACCUGGAAACACACUUAUCAAGCCUCAGCAGACCUCCGUCUCUUUCAUCCCUGCCGACGGCUCCGAAGAGCUCAAGUUGCUGGUCAACGGCGAGCCCCAGGCUAUUGAUGAAGCUCGCGCUGCUGCCAUCCUGGAGAUGGAAGACUUGGAAAUUCUUGUCAAGCUGAGCACCAAGGAGGGAGAACUUGGCGAGGCCACAGUCUACACCUGCGACUUCAGUCACGAGUACGUCACUAUCAAUGGCGAUUACAGAACUUAG